CUGCCCUGUCCUUUGCAGGACCGCUCGCGCCAUCAGGUGCCCGUGAACAUGGCGGCGGUGAUGACGCUUCUGGAAGACUGGUGCCGGGGCAUGGAUCUGGAUAUCCACAGGGCCCUGCUGGUCACGGGCAUCCCGCAGGACUGUGGCCAGGUGGAGAUUGAGGAGACCCUGCGCGUGUUCUUCACCCCGCUGGGCCCUUACCAGGUGGUCAACAAGAUCUUUGUGCGGGAGGACAACGCCAAGGCCGUCCUGAUCGAGAUGGGGGAGGGCGUGAACCUGAGCACCCUCCCCCGCGAGGUCCCCGGCCGCGGGGGCACCUGGCGCGUGGUCUGCAGAGACCCCACCCAGGACGCCGAGUUCCUGAAGAACCUGCACGACUUCCUGGAGAGCGAGGGGCGCACCGUGGAGGACGUCGUGCGCCUGCUGGAGCUCAGCAGCGGGCCCCCGCGCGCCGCCGCCGCCGCCCGGAACCUGCCCCAGGAGAACUGGGCCGAAGCGCUGGGGGUGCUCCUGGGCACGGUGGUGCAGGUGGUCUUCCACAUGGACGCCGAGAUCCGCCACCGGGAGGAAGCCCGGGCGCUGGAGAUGGCCGAGGCCGAGGCCGAGAUGGCAGCCUGGGCCGCCGAAGCGGGACGGAGGGUCAAGAAGGAAUCGGGGUCCGCGCCCGGGGCGGCCUGUGCCCUGAAGGCGGAGAACCCCAGCGGCUGGUACAACGGGGCCCCACAGGGGCCCCGGCCCGUGGCACCCAAGGCGAGGGCGAAGAACUCCCCCAGGAAGAAGAAGCAGAGCAAAGCCCCCAAGCAGGAGCCCAUGUUCUGGAAAAAGCCCAAGGGCGGCCUGGCCAACGGCGCAGCCUGUGCGCAAGAGGCCGAAGCGCCGGAGGCCGAGGGAAUGGAGACCUCAGAAUGCACCCGGGCCAGCAAGAAGGCCCCCGUGAAGCAGGAGGAGGCCACCCCGAAGAAGCCAGGGGCCAAGUGUGCGCGAAAGGUCCGCCGAGACCCACCCCAGGGUGCCCCGGCCGAAGCCGAGAGCCUGGGUGGCGUCUCAGAACCAGACCAAGACGGCAGCCAGGAGGUCCCACCGAAGAAGAAGGCCAUGGGAUGUGGCGCAGCCAAGAAGGUGGCCCCCAUGAAGAAGAAGAAGAAGGUGAGCCUGGGCCCCGUCUCCUACGUCCUCGUGGAUCCCGAAGAGGCCAAGAAGCCGCCGAUGAGCCCGGAGAAAGGUCUAGGCGCCAGGAAGGAUGUCGCCGUGCAGAAGGGCCCCAACGACCCAGAGCCCGACCCAGAGCCCGCACCGGCGCCCACCUCGGGGUCACAGGACCCCGAGGCCGAGGGCUCUCCCCAAACCUCCAAUGGCCAGAGUGAUCGCAAAAAUCAUUUAGAGUGUGUGGCCAAGUGGAUGAUGUGGGAAGAGCAGGAGUGGGAGGUGGAGGAAGAACCCCCCAAGGGGGAAGAGGCAGUGGGUCCUUUGGAGGAGGGAGGCCACAGUGCACCGGAGGGGGAGGAAGAGGAGGAGGAGGAGGUGGUGGCUGAAGCUGCUGAUGCCACAGGCAAGGUUCCGGAAGCUGAGAACCCCUUUCUUCCUCCUGGGAACCCCUGAAGGCCACCGUGGUGGUGGUGGUGGGGUCCUGGGGUGGGGAGGCGCAGGAGGUGGCCCCAGCAAACCCACCCACCGAUCCUUUAUUGUCCAGUGUCGCUGUGAUGGCCUCGAGCCACUUUAUCUGACCCAUCUCCCUUGGG